CCCCGAAUUAAUAAAUCCCAUAUAAAUACCAUGUAUUCCGUAGAUUAGAUUACAAAUUAAUAAAACUUCACCUAACCCAUUUUACAGUAUAAUCUUGUACAGAAACAGUCGCCAUUGAUGAUGAUCUUUGACUUUAUUAUUUCAGCAAAAUUAAAGCUUCAAAAAUGUCUGCACAACAAAAUGGAAGAGAUGAAGAAUCACUCAAUGAGCCUCUAAUGGAUUCCUCUGCUCGUCAAUUCUCUCUCCUCAGCAAUACCACUUCUCAGCUUGCUCUUGUUGGUGUCAACAUUUGCCCUAUUGAAAGUCUUGAUUAUGAAAUUAUUGAGAAUGAUUUUUUCAAGCAAGAUUGGAGAAGUAGAGGGAAGAUUCAGAUAUAUCAGUACAUUUGUAUGAAAUGGGCAUUCUGUUUCCUAAUUGGUUUGAUUGUUAGUCUAAUUGGAUUCUUCAAUAAUCUUGCUGUUGAAAAUAUUGCUGGCAAGAAAUUUGUUAUUACUUCCAAUAUGAUGUUGUAUAACAGGCACUUGUCAGCAUUUAUGGUGUUUACAGCUUGUAAUCUCGGAUUAACACUAUUUGCAUCACUCUUUACGGCACUUAUAUCUCCGGCGGCAGCUGGGUCAGGUAUACCAGAAAUUAAGGCUUACUUGAAUGGUGUGGAUGCACCUGACAUACUUUCUCCGAGGACUUUGAUUGUUAAGAUAAUUGGCAGCAUCUCUGCCGUUUCAUCUUCCCUUAUGAUUGGAAAAGCUGGCCCCUUGGUGCACAGUGCUUCAUGUGUUGCAGCGUUGCUCGGUCAGGGUGGAUCAAAGAAGUAUGGUCUGACAUGGAAAUGGCUACAUUUUUUUAAGAAUGAUCGAGAUAGGAGAGAUCUUGUAACAUGUGGAACAGCUGCUGGAAUUGCUGUUGCUUUCCGUGCUCCUGUUGGUGGUGUAUUAUUUGCUUUGGAAGAAAUGGCUUCUUGGUGGAGAAGUGCACUAAUGUGGAGAGCUUUCUUUUGUACAGCAGUUGUAGCUAUCAUGCUUCGAAGUUUCAUGGAUUUGUGCUACAGUGGCAAGUGUGGACUCUUUGGUACUGGCGGUUUAAUAAUGUUUAAUGUUACUAAUGAAAAUGUCGUAUAUCACCUCAGUGAUGUGCUGCCUGUGCUGCUUCUCGGAGCCUUAGGGGGCGUAUUAGGAGCCUUGUACAAUUACAUUCUAGAAAAGGUUCUUCGACUUUACAAUUUUAUUAACGGGAAAGGCCUCGUAUGUCAAAUAAGUCUUGCUUGUUCAAUCUCUUUAUUCACCUCAUGCCUUCUGUUUGGGCUUCCCUGGUUUGUAGCUUGCCAACCUUGUCCAGAUGAUUUGUCAGAGUCUUGUCCUACUAUAGGCCGAUCUGGUAACUACAAGAAGUUUCAGUGUGAACCAGGACACUACAAUGAUCUUGCCAGUUUGAUUUUCAACACAAAUGAUGAUGCUAUUCGAAACCUAUUCAGUCACAGCACCGAUUCUGAAUUUCAUGGCACAACCAUGCUUUUAUUUUUUGUUACAUGCUUUUUCCUAAGCAUUUUUAGUUAUGCAAUUGUGCUCCCUUCUGGUCUUUUUGUACCUGUUAUUGUUACGGGAGCAUCUUAUGGGCGUUAUGUUGGGAUGUUAAUCGGUUCGAACUCAAGUCUGAAUCAUGGACUCUUUGCUGUGUUGGGUGCUGCUUCAUUUCUUGGUGGGUCUAUGAGAAUGACGGUGUCUUUGUGUGUUAUCCUUCUUGAACUAACCAAUAACCUGUUGUUACUGCCACUAGUAAUGUUAGUUCUACUUAUCUCUAAGACUGUGGCCGAUAGUUUUAAUCCAAAUAUAUAUGACAUCAUGAUGAAGCUGAAGGGGUUCCCUUACCUAGAAUCCCACGCCGAGCCAUACAUGAGGCAACUGAAUGCAGCUGAUGUAAUUACUGGCCCACUUGAGUAUUUUAGUGGUAUUGAAAAGGUUGGAAAUAUAGUUGAUACUCUCAAAAAGUCGGGACACAACGGGUUUCCUGUGUUUGAUGAGCCUGAAGAAUCUGAAACUCCUGUUUUGUUCGGCUUAAUCCUUAGAGCUCAUCUUAUUGUGUUGCUGAAGAAGAAAGCUUUCUUUUAUACACCAGUGUCAGCUAAUGCUGAUGUAUUUGAGCAGUUCUCUUCUGUGGAUUUUGCAAAGGGUGGGUACGGCAUUGUUGAUGACAUUCAAGAUAUAGAAUUUACAGAAGAAGAAUUGAAGAUGUUUGUUGAUCUUCACCCGUUUACAAAUGCUUCGCCAUACACAGUAGUGGAGACGAUGUCUCUAGCAAAGGCUCAUUUACUUUUCCGACAAGUUGGUCUCAGGCACUUGCUAGUGGUACCAGCCACAAAUGAUAGACUGCCUGUUGUGGGGAUGUUGACAAGACAUGAUUUUAUGCCGGAACACAUACUAAGCUUGCAUCCUACACUGGUGAAUAGAAGGUGGAAAAAGUUAAGAUUUCAGCUUAAUCCCUUUGCAAAGUUCCUGUAAGCAUUUUCCACACGCCGGAAGAGUUUUUUUUUUUUUGUCAGAUUUUUUAGUUGUGGAUAGCUAGCUCAAGCAAAAGUUAGUACCUAUCCAUGAGGUUGAAGAGAACCGAGGCUGGAAGUGAAUCAUAAUAAUGCAGCCUAGAUUUGUAUUUCUUAGAAAGGAUAGGGGGGUAAGUGUCAAGAGUUCCAAUCGCGUUUUUCUGGUUUUCCCUUAUGAAAUUUUGUAAAGGAAAAUCUUGACUUCUGUUGGAAUUCUAUUGCUGUAAAUAGUUCAUUUUUCUUGUGAAUUCUUUGGUUGGCUAUUCUAUCACAAAGUUGUCAGA